CAACCAAGAAGGUCCGAGCUUCGGGCAGAGUCCCAGGUGAUCACCGCGAAGCGGCGUCAACACGGACCGGGUCGUGAAUGUCAGUAAUUCACGCCAGAGAAGGAAGAGCCACUGCAUUCCCAUUGCACUUUUUCCAUCAAUAACGUAACAUCAAGACAGCUGCGAAAAUGACGCUCAACAUCGACAGAAGCAAUCCCGAUCAGUUUUAUCGUUACAAGAUGCCACGACUUGUCGCCAAGGUGGAAGGAUCUGGCAAUGGAAUUAAAACCGUCGUUGCCAACAUAACGGAGAUCGCGAAAUCCUUGGACAGACCACCAGCCUAUCCGUUGAAAUACUUCGGCUAUGAAUUGGGCGCCCAGACAAUGAUUGACUCGAAGAACGAUCGUUACAUCGUCAAUGGAGCACAUGAGGCACCACGCCUACAAGAAAUGCUUGAUGGGUUUAUCAAGAAAUUCGUCUUGUGUCAGAGCUGCAAUAAUCCCGAGACAGUCUUGCAAGUGUAUCCAAAGAAGAACACGAUCAAACAGAACUGCGCGGCUUGCGGCUACAGUUGUAUGGUGGACAUGAAACAUAAACUGACAACCUACAUCCUUAAAAAUCCACCGGCGGAAGUUGGAGAAUAUGGAGAAUCGAAGGGAAAAGGGAAAGGCAAGGUCAGAGGCCGCAAAAGUAGCGGUAAAGAGGAUGAAAAGAACGGCGGCAGCAAGACAAAUGGUGCCGGUGACAAGGCAGCACCCGGCUCGCCCACGACCGAAACUGAAAACCCCUUCGACGCUCCACCUCCAGUCGAUGCCGUGGAUGGCGAAGAGUUUGAUGAUGACUGGGGUGAGGAAGACACCGAACAAGCCCGUAAAGAGCGCGAUAGAGAGCUGACCAACGGAAUCAAGAAUCUGGCUUACGUCCUUAACCGACAGCACCUGCCACGAUGCUCUAUAGGGAAAUGGUGCGUGAUUGCCGUCGUUGUUUACUUUGUCUUUUCCAUCGUUAUUGCCGCGGACGCCUUCACGUUUCCGGAACGGUUUGAAGUAAUUGAAAUUGGAUUUGCUGCUUCUUAUGCUGUGGCGGCAACCACGGAAUGGCUUACUUUCCACAAUAUGACCGGCACGGAGCGGCAAGUUGCUAACGGAUGUAUCGCCCUGGCAUCAACUCUGUUUGUCUAUAUUCUCCGCGUUUCUUUGAUGUAUGCCGUAUCUCCUUCUAUACCUUUCAAAAUAAUCAACCAUACCAGCCACCACAUUUCGGUGAUUAUAACGGCCAAAGUUGGGAAAAACAUGGUUGGGCGGGCUGGCACGGAUGAAUAUUUAACCUUUAUUCUUCGACCCGGAAAAAAAUUGCCGACAAAUAUAGAAUCAGUUUCCUGCCGCUUAGUUAUCUCACAAAUCAAUAUUUUGAAAAGAGAAAACUAUUUUGAUGAACACAACGUGCUGGAAACGGUAACACGCGACGUUUACUUUAUCCCGUUCGAGGAAGUUGUCAUCGAAGCGGUUGUCGAGGGGGUCAAAUGCGGGUCGGAAUUGAUUCGCUGGAAGACUGUGAUUCCUGUUCCUGUACCCUAAGUUAACGACGGCGUUAAGAAUUCGGCAUCAUUUUUUAACGUUUCAAUAAAAACGCUUUCUGUUCAACGUUUAAACAUUUCUUGUAUUUUCAUUACGCUCACCGUUGCUGAAGGCCAGCGCUCUUUUACAGCGAUUUUUAUUUUAGAGAAACUUCGUCGCGCCGUAGUUAAGAAACAUUAAAGUUAAUUUAACAAGAAA